GUGAAACCGGCUUGUUGGAGACGGACACAGUCGGAGACAGGAUGAAGCUCUUCAUUCCAAUUGUGCUUGUGCUGUGCAUUUACCUGUCAGGAUCUGUCAGUGCAGAAUUGCAUGGAAAAUCAGCGAUAAUCUCAACCGCAACAGACACCAGCGCCAUCAGUUUUGAUGCAUCUGAUUUCUCCAGUUUGACCGCCUUCACUGUCUGCAUCAACGCAGCCUCUGAAACGACUCGCAAUUACGCUUUGUUCUCCUACGCAACAAGCACUCACCAUAAUGAAAUGCUGUUAUGGCUACAAAAUACAACAGAUUUCUGGGUGUAUUUGGGAGACCUACAAAUUAAAUUUUUCAUCCCAGAAAUGAAUGCUUUACUGAAACACAUCUGUGUGACCUGGGAGUCUCAAGGGGGUGAGAUAACAGUCUGGGUCAAUGGGAGACGCAGUAUACGGAAGGUUGGUGGAAAGGGUCGGGUUGUGAAAGGGGCUGGUCUGUUUAUUAUAGGUCAGGACCAAGACAAAGUUGGUGGAGGUUUUGAUAAAGGACAGUCUUUUGUCGGAGAGAUAACUGAUGUUAAUAUGUGGGAUCGUGUUCUAAAACCCAAUGAGAUUGAGUUGAUCAGUCAGGGGUGUUACAGUGAUGGAGGGAACAUCAUUGACUGGGGAUCAACAGGAUUUACAGCAAUGGGGGAUGUCGCUAUUGAAGACAAUAAUGAUUGUUCAAUUUAGAAUGUGUUGGUCUUCCAACCUCUAACUGAAUAUGACCUUGCUUUGUGAUCUUUCCUCUCGACACAAGAUCAACAGUAGAUUUAGUGGUGUUGAUUCUAGAAUAAAGGGCUGUUUACAUCUGGAUAAAUUGACAAAUCACUGUGUUCUUCCAGUUUCUCAUCAAUCUCCCUGACAGGAUAAUGUCUUCAAAGUCAGUACACAAGAGUCUCGAACAGUUGGGCAUCCCAGUUAAAAGGUGCAGCAGUACAGAGCAUUUGGUGCCAUCUCUCUGACACACACAUGUAGACAAGAAAGUGCCAGGGGCGCGGGGGUGGAGGUGACGGGCAGACACGGACUGUGGGAAAGUCCCUGUGGUGGAGGCUGAUCCUGUCUUGAUUUAGAUUGUGCUGAUUGGAAUUAUUACUGUCUCUCUCUGUAUUACCCUCUUGAUUUCACAUUGUUUGUUACACCAAGGUUUGGAAAGCUCACAGUGUGUUCUGUGCUUCUAGUGAUUGUGAUUGAACUGUAACAUUGCAGUUUCAUCAGCUUAAUAAACGAGCAUCAAA